CACGAUGAAUUAAAAUUAAUUUUUUGGACUUUGGAGACAUUUUUGGGGCAAUUUUACUGAAGGAAAUUUACGGAAAUGUUCGUAACUGACGUCAACGACGUAAAAAUCUACAAUUUAAGUGCCGGAAAGUCACUGCCAGAGUGGUUGUCAGAGGAGAAAAAGCGCCAACUUUUGAAGAAAAAUGCCGAAUUACGACGCCGCAUCGAGCUGAUCCAGGAUUUUGACAUGCCGGGAGUCUCCACGGGCAUUCGGAUGUCCAAAGACAACCAAUAUAUCUUGGCAACGGGCACUUAUAAGCCGCGCAUGAAGUGUUUCGACGUGAAUCAGCUCUCGUUGAAGUUCGAACGUUGUUUCGAUUCGGAGCCCGUGACCUUCGAGGUGCUUAGCGACGAUUACAGCAAAGUUGUUUUCUUGCAUGGGGAUCGUUACGUUGAAAUUCAUGCCACGGCAGGGAAACAUUAUCGCCUGAGGAUCCCGAAAUUCGGCAGAGACUUGGCAUAUCACGAGCCAACGUGCGAUUUAUGCAUCGUAGGUCAGUCAUCGGAAAUUUAUCGCUUGAAUUUGGAACGGGGACAAUUUUUGCAGCCCUAUAGCACGUCAGCGAGCUGCUCGAACACGAUAAAAGUCAAUCCGGAGCAUCAUUUGGUGUGUGUGGGUACGCACGAAGGCACCGUCGAGGCAUGGGAUCCUCGCGUGAGGGAAAGAGUCGGAAUUUUGGAUGUCGCGAUGCGGAUUGAAAGCAAAAGUUUGGCUAGUGUGACGAGUUUGGCGUGGAAAAACGGGCUAAAUAUGGCUGUGGGGACCCAAUCAGGACAUGUGGCGCUUUAUGACAUCCGAACAAGUCAACCGAUGCUCGUGAAAGACCUGUUAAAUCGACUUCCGGUCAAAAAAGUUCAAUAUAAUCCGCAAGAAAGUCUCGUUUAUUCCCUUGACAGCUCAAUGUUCAAGAUCUGGGAUGAAAAUACGGGCAAACAACGCGCUUAUAUCGAGUCCGAAGCGAGUUUUAAUGACUUUUGUACCGUUCCCGGCUCAGGAAUGUUCUUUUUUGCCCAAGAAGCACCCAAAAUGCUCGCUUAUUAUAUCCCCGAUUUCGGUCCGGCGCCACGUUGGUGCUCCUUCCUCGACAAUUUAACGCAAGAAAUCGAAUCAGAGACUGUCCAAAACAUCUACGACGACUACAAAUUCGUUACGAAACAAGAACUCGAGGAACUCGGCUUGGAAAAUUUGAUUGGCACGAACAUGUUGCGUGCCUACAUGCACGGAUUCUUCAUCGAUAUGCGACUUUACAAAAAAGCCAAGGAAGUUGUGGAUCCCUUCGCAUGGGAACGUUACAAAAAAGAAAAAAUCCGGAAGCAAAUCGAGGCAAUGCGACCCAGCAGAGUCAAAAUUGACGACAAAUUGCCCAAGGUCAACAAAGAUUUGGCGCAAAAAUUCAUCGAAGCGGAAGACAAUUCCAAAAAUGCGCUCAAGGACGCACGUUUCAAGGCCAUGUUCGAGAAUCCCGAAUACGAAAUCGACAAAAAUGCCGAGGAAUAUAGACUUUUGUCGCAUGUCAUGUCACGUCUCGAUCGGAAUAAGAAGAAAAAAGCACCGGUUCCGACGGAAAAUCUCAAGGAAGUUGCAAGUGACGAGGCGGAAAGCUCCGAUGAGGAUCUCUUCUUUGACAAAUCUGACGACGGCUCGAACGACGAAGGCAGUUCUGAUGACGAUCGGGCAUGGAGCAAGGACCUCAAGCAGGAGUUUAAGAAGAUUCAGCGCGAAAAACGACAAAAAGACGAGCAGGAGGAGGAACAAAAACGCUUUGAGAAAAAAUUAAAAAUGUUCGAGGUGCGAAAUGGGGAUGAAUUUAACCUAAAAGCCCUCAAAAAGAAAGCUAGCAAAGCAACAUUAGGCGAACGGGUGUCAAAAAUCCGAAAUACGGAAGAAGUUCAAACAAUCAGCGGCAUCGGAAAUCGUCAAAUGACCUUCAGCACGGCGAAACCCAAGUCACGCGAGGACCGCAAACGGCAGGAAGAGAUGAAACGGCAUCGCGAAGAACGAAAAAAGCUCAUUCGACCAACGACGAGUCUGCGAUUAAAAAAAAUAUUUCCCAAAUAA